AAUGGAUAAUAAGAAAAAAAAGAAUAAGAAUAAAGCUAAAUAAGAUAAAUAAUCAUAAUAAUAAUAACCAUAAAAUUAAAUAGUACCAAAAAAUUAAUAACAUCAACACGAUCAUAAUUGUCAUGAUCAUCAUGGAAAUGAUGAACAUCAUCAUGAUCAUGCUCAUUGUAAUCAUGGAUUGCCAAGUGAUACCUCUAAUCUAGAUCCUACUAGUUUAUUAAGUGGUUUAAAUAAAGGAGAAGGAUUACUUGGUAGUUUAAGUAUGAUACCUAAAUUGACAGAAAUGUUGAAUCAAUUAAGUAAUUUUGGAGGUUAAGCCUUUAAAUCUGAUGAUCCUCUUCCUGAUUUCACUAAAUUUGAUUAAACUAAAGUAAUCAAUAUAUAUAUAUAACAUUAGUAAACUUUAGAAGUAGCAAUAGAAGAGUUUUAAUAGACAAUUGAAAGUGUUCAAAAGAAAGAUUUCACAAAUCUUACAAAACCAGUUGUUUAAAAACAGCAAUAAUAAAAAUUAUCUAAACAAUAAUAAUAAUAAAGAGAUAAGUAUGAUGAUUUUAUUAUUUUAAUAGAAACAAUUAAAUUAUUAAAUAAAAUAUAGAUUAUUUGAAUACAUUGUAAAAGGACUUAAAGAAACUCUUACAAGAUGUAAAUAAAAUACUUAUUAAUCAUAGUAAUCACUUAGUGGAAUAGCACCUAUAUUAAAUCAAGGAAUUGAGAAUUUAAAUUAAGAUAUCUAAUAUUAUUAGAAGUAAUAAGAAGUAUGAG